AUGUCAGAAUGGGCCCAAACAAGACCAUCUGGCCUCCGGUUGGAUCAGUUGAUGAUCACCUUGGGUAACUCGCUAUUCAACUCUGCUUUAAAGCAAUCAUCGUCCAUCCGCCGUGAUCUGGACACCUUUUCACAGUCCCCGACCACCUCGUCACCCGCGUUACAAGGCCAGCUAGCAGCCUCCUUGGCAUCACUUUCCCGCACCGUCGAUGACUACUCAGCGCUCUCCAAGAAGGAACUGAUUCCCGAGAAACAACAAAAGGCAUUCGACCGCAUCAAGAACUUCCGAAGUGAGCUCGCAGACUAUCGGACACAAUUCGAUCGACUCCGCAAAGAACGUGAGGAUGCACAAUCAGUUAGCAACCACAAUGAACUCCUAGGCCGUCGCCCACACCACGCCGCAACACCAGAGAACCCCUAUGCGCAAUCCUCACUCCCACAGAGUACCUCCGCCUUUGCACCCUCAUCCUCCGGUCUCGGCUUUGGCGCUAGCCCGGCAGACUACAACCGCGAAACCCACGCGCUGCGCGAGCAAUCCUUCUUCUCCAGCACACACAACCAACUCGAUGAUUUCCUGGACCGGGGAAGAGCGGUCCUCACCGACCUGGGACAGCAGCGUGAAGUACUCAAGGGCACGCAACGGCGACUAUACAGCGUUGCAAACACCCUUGGUGUGAGCGGCGAUACAAUCCGGAUGGUGGAGCGGCGGGCGCGUCAGGAUAAGUGGAUUUUCUGGGGCGGAGUGAUGAUUUUCUUCUUGUUCUGCUGGGCAGUGUUACACUUCUUGCGGUAGGAUUAUAUCGCUAUGUGUUGUUGGUCUUUGCCUGGAUGGGUAUAUUUGGGAGCUGGCGAGG